AUGGGUUAAGAAUUUUAAAAUAUGUAAAAUAUUAAAAGGCAAAAAUCUAUUUUUGAUUAAACAUUUAGUUAAAGAGCAACAACCACAGCAGAAUCAAGAAGGAUUUGUAAAAUGCCUACACAAAUAAUUGAUUUCAAAAAAUAAUUUGAAACCUAUCUAUCUGGAUAAACAACAUGUGUAGAUAUUAUAAAAUAUAACAACAGUUUGCCAACAAAAAAAUGUAGAAAUGUAUAAUUUUUUAUAAUAUUUAGAGUCUUAUCACCAAAAGGAAGACGCUUUAUGUUGCAAAUACAAUGACAUAAUAAGAACCAAUAAUCGAUUACAACGACAUCAAAGAAUUUAUUGUUGAUCAUGAUUAAAACUACACUGAAAUCAAGAAAACUCUUAAUACUUAAGCAUCUUUACCAGAACGUAAAUCAUCUAAAUAAGGAUUGAGAACUUACAUUAAAAGUGAUUAUUAGGAAAAUAAACGAUUAAAUCAUUUGAAUCUAAUAGCAGAAGAUUAUCGAUCACGAAUUAGAAAUAAUAAUUUAGUAUCAAGUCCUGAUCAUUUAAGUACAAAAUUUUUUGAUUGUAGUUUAUAAGAAUAAAAUAAAAGCUAGAACAAAAAAUAUGGCAUUAAUAAGGUAUUAAUUAAAUGCUCAUUAGACCUAAAUUGGAUUCAGCAAACAUUCAAUUUCGAAUUAAAUAGUUAAAAAUUGAAAAUGGAAUGAAACAGACAUUAGUAGAUGUAUAUUAGAAAGUAAACAUAACAAAUAAAAAAUAUAAGUUAUUUAGAGCCACAUCUGAUCAUUUUUUAGAUGCUUUAAAUUUAAAUUGCAAUGUCAAAACUUCUGAAUUACACAAAAUGGGAGAUUUGGAUUUCUAUGAGUAAUCUAUAUAAAAAAUCAAAUUUAGUUUAAAUGGCAAUAAAAAUUUUAUUAUGUCAGAAAGACAGACUAAAAAGCCUUUAUAAUUAAAUGGAAAUUUAAAAUAGUUGAAACAUAAUAAAAAUUGUCCUACAAAUCAAGAUAAUGAUUGCGUCUUAGAUGAAUCUAUCAUUUCAGAAACAGAAGGUUUUCUUCUCCUAAUAUAUAAAAGCUAAAUUAAAUAUAUGUUAUGGUCUAAGCAAAGAUUUCUAGAAAAAAAUGAUGAAUCGUAAUGAAAAUCCAAAUAAAAUAGUAAAUAUUAUAUCUAAAAUUGACUAAAUAAGAGAUAACAUCUACUAAGUCAAUAAAAAUAAAUUAUAUUGUGAUUGA